UCACAAACGCAUGGGGCACACACAACUACACUCAUUAAAAUAUUGAUGAGCUCAAAAGUUGAGCGCUUAUCCGAUACUUUGAUCAGUUGACGGUUGGAGCUGACGCGGAUCGGUGACGGUGUCCGGGAUAUUUGGAAGCGAAGCAGCGGACUCCUUCCAGCCGCAAGCCAAUUUGAAGUGAAAAGUUUUUGUGGUGAAGAAAAAAGUUCAACACAAGAAAAUAAUUACUGUGGCCAGUUCCGGUGAAGUGCGGUGGCAAACUAUGGCAAAAUUAAUCGGAAACUCAAUUAUAAAGUUCACUGUACAGUUCGGUUUACUGCAGUGGGCAAUCAAGGCAGGCGUUGGGCUGGCAACAAAUGAAAAUGGGGUUGUGUCUGCUAACUCCGAGGGCCGACCUCGUGCGGAAAGUCACGAGCACUUCAAGAUGAUCAACGAUUUUGAACCUUUGAGUGAGGAGCGUCUGGCGGAGCAGAGGAUUAGUGAUCGGUCCGACACGUUUACGCUCGCGAGUGAUCGUCGUAGUGUGGUGGAGUGUGGCGGAGUUUACAAACGGCUGCAGAGUGAGAUCCGGUCGCCCAGCUUCCCCAAUGACUAUCAGGGACAUUUACACUGCGAGUACACGUUCAAGUCGCCGUUCGUAUGUAGCAGUCAGUAUCACUUUCAGUUCGUCGACUUUGCGCUGGAAUCGUCGAGGAAUUGUAGCAAAGAUCGACUAGUGAUCGGGGAUGAUGAGGUCCUCUGUGGCACGGUGAUAGGUUCGAAGCUGUACAGUGCUCCCGGUGGUUUGUUGCGCAUGAAGUUCAUUACCGAUGGAUGGGGAUCGGGACGUGGAUUCCGUAUCCUUGUCACCAGACAACCGUGUGAUGAGGAUAAUGAGGCGGCGGAAUCGUCAACGGCGUACUCCGUAUUCACCACGCUCCAGGUUGCGGACGAGACGGAAUCGAGUGGUGAAGAAGCGGGAACGGAAGCACCGGGAGAUGGCAAAAUUGUGAGCAGUCGGCAAGACAUUCCGCCCGAGUUUAACCCGGGAGGUAAUGGAUAUCUACCUCCAGCAACUGUUCCAACACCGACGUACCCUUCGCCAACGUAUCCGCCACAAAGCUUCCCGUGUCCGGCGCCGUGUGCAUAUUCUCCGUGGGGAUGUUCCGCUUCCAACUACCCGCCUACGCCAAUCUACCCACCGAGGUACCCUUGUGACCCACGAGUUCAAUCGUGUCCUCCUUCCUAUCCAAACUAUCCAUCUUACCCACAGCAGCCAGUUCCAGUGCAACCUCAAAAUCCUCUCUGCCCUACAAAUCCUUGCGCUCCCGUACCAUCCGUCCCUCAAUAUCCCCAAUAUCCUCAAUAUCCUCAAUAUCCAUCCUAUUAUCCCGGAUAUCCUUCAGGAUCAUCAGACACGGAUCAGGGUACUAACUCUCUAGGCGGACCACCACCGUCAGGCUACCCAGAAAAGACGGAAACGAAGCCCGAAUUUCCCGAGCCCACGACGGAACACGUUCCGGCCAGUGUUGAGCCGGAGAACCAGGUUUCGUUUGUACCGGGCAUUGGUCCUGCCUGCUGCCGUAACGCUUUCAACCAGCGACGCUUCUAUCUGUCCAGUGCCAACUUCCCCUCACAGACGACCGUCAACCAGGACUGUGUGGUGCGGGUACAGCAGGCCUCUCCCUACAUUUGCCGGUUGGUGAUUUCGUUCAAGUUCUUCCUGCUCGGUAACGCUCAGCUCCCGGGAUGUCCGGGUGGGUUUGUUGAGAUCGAUGGACACCGUAUUUGUGGUUGCCGAAAGGGGCAAGUCUACCGGACGGCACCCUUUGGACCUUAUCCUAUCAAAACGAUUCGCAUUCACUCGCUCGCUGGUCGCUUCCCUACCGUACAGGGCUUUGUGCUGGAUGUGUAUCAGGAAGAAUGUCCUCAACGAUUCCCGCUCAAGCGUAGCGAUGGGUAUGAGCGAGACCGUACUGUUCAACAGCGCUCACCACAGCAAGACAACCGAUCUAGCUUCGAAAUGAGCCGUGUCGAGGGAAGACAGCUGGCCGUUCCGGUUCAAACCAUCCAAACGACCAACACAACUCAACAGGUUACCCAUCAGUACUACGUCUACAAUCUGGACGAUGCGAAACCAAUCACACGCCCGCCGGCCGUUCCAAUCGCGGCUGCCGAAAGUCAACAGCAGGUGCUGCAGUACCGCCCAGGGAUUCCGAUUCCGGAGAAAUUCGUUUAUCCUCCGGCCUUUGCGCAACCGGGCGGCUCGAACCGAUGCUUGUUUAGCUCGCUCGAUUGGCUUCGAUUGACGUUGGACCUGUUGUGGAUCUUUAGGCCCGUGUGCUUAGCUUGAGCGAUGCUUCUGUCCAUGGGCGCUUCCUAUCUGUACGUCAUGUUAUGUUCAAAUCGAAAUAAAUAUACAAAACAAUUACUGUAUCAUGGUUGUAUUUUCCUUUGUUAUUUAAAAUACAGGAAUUUUCCUCUACUCAAAUACAA